UUAAGGCCCUGCGAUAGACUAGCACCCUGUCCAUUCACCAAGCUGCCUCACGCUACAGAUACAGAAUUUAUAGGCUCCUGCCCUAUGAGCCGUUCCGGCUCGCACAAAGCUACUUACUUACUAUAGUCAGUGACUAUUUGCAUAUAAAUCAUAUGCUCCUUUCUCGAUUAGCUACACUGGUCUGCAACUAACUUCCACAACAUAUUUUUAGUUGUUUCACUAUUGCGGCAGCAAGGCAAAUCCCGGAAAUAUACGCCUACCCGUGGAAUUAAAAGUCUCGUAUCAACGCUAGAAGGAAAUACCCGACCGAGGACCAGGUAGCAAGCCAUGGCUACUGCGCAGGACUCCAUCUACAUGAAAUCCGCGGACCUUAUCAAAAAGGAGCCUCUGGACUACGGUGGAUUCGGUACAGUGUAUCUGUGCUAUCACAAAACCCUCGGCCAGGUGGUUCUGAAGACCAUCUACACCGGGCCACCGCGUAAUGAGGGCAGUAAGCAGUCCCUGCUAGAGGAGGGCAGCCUGAUGAGCAGACUGAACCAUGAACGGGUGGUCAAGCUGCUGGGGGUGAUCCUGGAGGAUGGGGACUACUCUCUGGUCAUGGAGCUCCUCCCUAAAGGCAACCUGCUGGCCAUGCUGGACCGGGUGCCUGUGCUGAUAUCCAUCAAGGGCAGGAUCAUACUGGAGAUUCUGGAGGGGAUGGUGUACCUGAUGAAGAACCGUGUCAUACACAAAGAUCUCAAACCAGAAAACAUACUGGUGGACAAGGAUUUUCACAUCAAGAUUGCAGACCUGGGCCUGGCCACCUGUCAGACGUGGAGCAGGCUGACUAAGGAGGAGUCUCGCAGGCAGAGCCGGCUGGCGCGUCCUGGGGCCGGGGGAGCAGGGGGCAGGGCAGCUGGUACUCUGUGCUACAUGGCUCCUGAGCACCUGGACAGCAUCCACACACGCUCCUCUGAGAAGUCUGACGUCUAUAGCUUCGCUAUUGUCGUAUGGGUCAUCCUCACUGGCAGUGAGCCAUAUGAAAAUGCUCGGAGUGAGGACCAUAUCUGCCAGUGUGUCCGUAAAGGUGAUCGUCCUGAUGAGGACCUCAUCUCUGCUGAUACUCCUGUAGAGAUCACAGAGCUAAUGAAGAGAUGCUGGCAUCAGGAUCCACAACUACGACCAACAUUCCAAGAGGGCUACAACACCUUCCUGCCCGUCUACAGGGAGAAGUUAGAGCCAGAUGUAGAGAGGGACUCACUUGGUCUCAGAGACUUGUACGAGGGGCCAGAGGAGCUGGUGGAGAAGAUGAAAUCUUUAUCCAUGUCCCCUGAGAGCCUUAAAGCAGACCGGCUGGCUCCCUUGCUAAGCUCAGACAGUGCUAGGGCUGUUCGUAUCGAGGCUGGCCCAGUGGAGGCCUGCAUCGAGGACCUGAACUUCUUCCUCCCCUGUGAGCACUCCCUUAUCCAACCAGAUAGCUGUGCCCUCAGCCCCGUCAGCACCACCUCGGGCAUGGAGCUCAAAAUGGUCAACGAACUCUCAGCCCUGGAAGUCAAACUAGCCCAGCAGUUGGAAUAUCGCAAAUACGCCAGCUACAACCGGAUGGACCAGCUUGACUUCAGCCCCUACCCUAAUCCUCACCCUUCCACCCCACAGCGCCUCAGCUCACAGGACCCCACCACCAACAGAGGGCUCCCCAAAACCCAGGCCGUCCAGCCCAGCAGCGUGGAGCUGAACCCCCACCUCCGUCUUUCUAGCCUAGGCGUGUACAAGGCCGCGGACCCCUCAGGGGCCACCACACCCAGGCGCAAGCUUUCCAGCCACAUGCCUGAGUCCUCCAGCAGCCCCUCUCUAAGCCAGGGCCAGUACUCCUCCCAGCAGCAGUAUCCCUACACCCAGUACUACCGCCUCCAGUCCUGGCCAGCCUACCCAGUGCCAGAGUCAGCUGCCCCAGACCUCACUUCAGGGCUGCGCCUGAACUCGGGUGGCAAGGUUAGACCUCCACAGGACCCAGGAGGCCUGUUCAUCCAGAAUGCCAGAGGGAUCCAGAUAGGGAGCAACAACACACUCAGCAUCAGGGACCAUGAGUCUUACAGCAGGUCAGCCAGCUCUCUCUCCCAUGGGGCAAACUCAUACUCUCUACUCAAAGAGACCCUGCAGAUGAACGAGGACCAGGCAGUGACUGAAGAGCACCUUGAUCUCCUGAGAGAAAACAUCGGGAAGGAAUGGAAGCGCUGUGCCCGUCGUCUGGGCCUGAGCGAGGUGGAGGUGGACACCAUCGACCAGGACUACCAUUGUGACGGGUUGCCUGAGAAGGUGCACCAGAUGCUGGAGCGCUGGAGGAUGAAGGAGGGCUGUGUGGGCUGCACAGUGGGCCAGCUCUGCAGAGCACUGGAGAACUGUGUCAAAGUAGACCUGGUAAAGAAGCUGCUUCAUGCCUGCAGGACCAAUACUUCUCCAUAGGUACACUGGCAAUGGUGGGCUGUGGAAGCAGAGUGCUUGUGGCGAAUGAUCUUGUUCCGUCUGCAGUGUACGAAGAUUUGCUGAUACUGCACGUCUCCUUGAAAGACAUGGUUGUGGUGUUACCAUUUGACACUUUUUGUGGAAGGGACGUAGGGAAACAGGCCUUUGUUGGUAUCGGUGUCAACCGAUUGGGACCUACAGUAAGUGUUUAGAGACAGACUAGUGUAUUGUUUAGGGACAAUGAGGGACAUUAGGAGCUGCUUUUGAAUGGAAAGAUCAGUCAACAUCUGGGGGGGGCUGCAGAAGGUGUCUUAGAAGGGCAGUUUUUACACAUUAUGUAUUGUUGUGUAUGGGAGAUUGAGGAGAAAUUGCACCAUUCAAUCCUUCUCAUAUACAACUUUACAUUUACUGUCUCUAAGCACAACUGCCUUCCUCAUCUCAAAAACCUAUUUGUAAACCUCCCCAGCCCAUUGACUGACAGAUUAUUAUUGGUAAUUUUUUGUAGACGUAUCUUUGCAUUGUGUUUUGAGAAUCUGCAGAGAGAAGAAUGAAAUGGUUGUGUCAUUACUGUUGUCUUGAUUUUAUACCUUUCAGUGUCCCUUGCUUGUUUUUGUCCCACAAUCUUGUUGCACUCCAUAAUUGCAAGGUGUGUCCCCUCCCUCAUGCCGCCGCUUUGGGGUAUUUUUCAGCAGGGCCUGUGGAAGGACUCCAAGUAACCUGAGUUUUACAAAGAGAAAAAGGUAAGAAGAGAACAGGGGUAGUACACUAAAUUGAUCACAUGGACUGAAAGGUACUCUGUGGUCCUCAGGCUACAUCUAACCACCUAUAACCCCAUAACACAAACAAUACCCAAUUCAUGUUUAUGCCAUGCUUACUGUAAGUUGAGCUAUUUUAGCUGUCAGCUCUAAAUAUUUUUGCCAAUUUACCUUCACCUUGUGCAGAUCUUGGGGUUGGAAUCACAUGCUGGGGGAAUCAGAUUAUGUACCACCUAAAACAACAAUACACAAUUUAACCACCCCACCAGUUGUAUUGAUCUCUAUUAGAUUGGCUAGCUUACCAUACCUAACAUGGACAUUGCAAUAUUGUCAACUUGCUGUUAGCAUCACUAAAUUGGCAGCAAGAUUGCUAGUCAACUGAGAACCAACUAACCAACCAUAAACAAUUUAUACACAUUCAUCAUUACUACCAACACACCGACAGUGAGUUAGUUAUAUCGGCAAUUCUAUUUGGCUACUAGAUUGAGUUAGUCUUAUUUGCUAAUGUUUGCUAUCUUACGUUAGCCAACAUUAGUCAGAGAUAGAACGAACAGACAAAUAUGUUUACUCUGCUGAAGGUAGUGUCGUGUCUUUGGCUAUGCCGGAUUAAGUGUUAUGACAUGCUAUUCUAUAAAAUACUUUCUCUGUAAUUAAUAUUACCUGAUUGAGCUAAUCAUGUAAAUGUAAUUAACUAGAGAGGGGCACCACGAAAGAAUAUUUAUAGAGCUGUUAUCUUCCGAAUAAACUCUUAAAGACCUAGUAAUAUUUUACAUCAAUAGCAGUCAAUAUUAAUUGUCACCUUAUUUCAGUCUCAUCUGAAAGUUGUAAAUUCUUGGUUAUCUUCACGAACCCUGGCUAACAAGUUGAAUCAGCAAUACAAAAUUGGGUUUAAUUAUUUAUUUACUAAAUACCUAACCAAUCACACAGAAUUACAUAUACACGGAAUGAAUCAUACCUUGAUUACAAAUUACGCCAUAAAGGAAAACGUCCCUAGCGGGCGGAACAGAUAUGACAGCUUGUUACACAAAAGAAAAGGGGCUGGGUUUGAGUGAAAGAGCGGGAAGACUGAGGAACAAAGGGCGAAGCUGUGCUAUCGUAAAUACAAUAUCUUAUGCAUUCUAAAUUACCGCCCAUUUGGAAAAGGAAAAUGCAAUAAAUAUUUACUCUGAGCUGCGCUUCGAUAGGUUGGUGGUAGAUGGAAGGCCAUGUUGCCCAACCGGGUCCUUGUCCUUUGAAGAAUGUCUCUGCUGCUGGGUGGUAGACGGGAUACUCUGUCUGUCCUAAUUUAUGUUUGCAGCUGCUGUUGCUAACUCAACGUCUAGGAGGUAUCACUUCUAUAGUGAAUAAGAGUUCAAAGUUCAUACCAUUCGCAACCAAAGCUCAUGCUGAGGUUGGCUUAGUUCUGUAGUUGACAUGUUAUCUGAACCAUUCUGACAUCGGACCGUCAUCCUCACAUCCUCGGAACAGGAAGGUACAUUUUCGUCAAUGGCUUAUAUAGUGGAGGGAGAAGGGUGUGUCUGAAAAGUUUAUAAUCCAUAUCUCUUCACAGGGGCAGGCCACUGGUUGAGCAGAGCCCUAAACUUAUGAAAACCCAAAUCUCUCAUUUGGAAGCUAAAAUUACAUUUAAUCUCUUCACAAAUAAUUUCAUAUUCAAACAUUUGAAUUAUACAACAAUUCCAUGUGAAUCCGAUACCUCUGAUGUGCAGACUUUCCACAGUAGAGUUUGUCAUUCUAUCAUUGAUGAGAAUGUGCCAGAUGACAACCGAACUGACAUAAUAUACCUUAAGUACCACCGCAUAUGUUCACUUGGUUGGAUUACCAGAAUAUAGUUAAUUUAGUUAAUUUCCCCCUAACUUUUGAUGUUCCCAGAAUCUCUAUGUUAACCAAAGGGGUUUAUAAUGUCACAGUAGAGUAGGGAGAGGAAGCGGGGGCAGAAGAGGUAUUUAUUACUGUCAUAAACCUACCCUAGCAGUGACUACCAGGACUGUAACGUUAGCUAACGUAGCUAAUUUACCUAGUCCAGCUAACAUUACGUAUAAUCAUUGUAAAUUAUAACAUAAAUGGGACUGGUGGAGUUAUGUCACACAUGCAGACAACAAAAAUAUAUGGAAAUGUCUGCUCCACUCAAAAUUACAUGUAACUAAUUGCAGCAUCACCAUAAAAAUGGAAGAAGCAAUUGGGAGCGGGAGAAAGUAAGGAACUUGUCUGUCGGCCCUGCAUUAAACGACCAAAAUUGUAAUAAAUAAAAAAUGUAUACCA